UGCCGGUGGCGUGUUUGGCUCUUGAUCUGGAUCUUGUUGCCUUCUUGGAUCGCGGGCCUGUGCUGCUGCGGGAGCAUCAUCCCUGUGCGUUUCUUUAUUACUGCGUCUUGUUGAUCCGGUCCGUGGUGGUGGUGCGCGCACGCAAGACGGACGCAAGAUGAGCAUCCCGCACCUGUUCCGGUGCCCCAUCAGCCUGGACAUCUUCACGGACCCGGUGACGCUGUGCACGGGGCAGACGUACGACCGCCCCUGCAUCGAGCGCUGGCUCGCCGCCGGCCACCGCACGUGCCCCGUCACAAUGCAGCCGCUCGGCGACGCCGCGCUCGUGCCCAACCGCACCCUGCGCCACCUCAUCGAGCGCUGGCUCUCCGCCGACCACCACCACCAGAUCCCCGACGACGACGCGGAGGAGCCGUCGCUCGCGGCGCUCAAGCGCUGCCUCCAGUCCGGCGCCGGCGCCAGGGACAAGGUGGCCGCGCUCAGGAAGGCCGUGGCGCUGGCCUCCGAGUCGGACGUCGGCCGCGCGUGCAUGCUCCAGCUGGGUUUCCUCCCCGUGCUGCUGCAGCUCGUCUUCCACGCGCCCACGCCGCGGGACGACCUGUCCGAGCAGGAGGACCUGGCGCUGCAGUGCGCGCUCACGCUGCUGCCGACGUCGAGCCCGGCGUCGCCGCAGCACGGCUGCCUCAACAUGCUCAAGACGGAAGCCAGCCUCACGUCCUUCGUGGCGCUCCUGGCCGCGCACGGCCGCGCCGUGGCCAAGUGCGGGCUGUGCCGCCUCCUGGAGACGAUCGCCACGGCCACGGCCACGCGGGACCUGGCGCUCGCCGCCGCCGCCUCGCCGCGCGUGUGGCAGGCGCUGCUGCCGCUGCUGCGGCACGGCGACGACCGCGUGUCCGGCGCCGCGGUGCGCGCCGUCGCCGCGAUCUGCUGCGGCGCCGAGCCGGCGCGCGGCAGCGCCGUCCACCACGGCGCCGUCCCCGCGCUCCUCGGCUGCCUGUCGUGGGCGUCCGCGGGCAACGGCAAGGCGCGUGGUGGCGCCGCCGCCGCGGCGUGGAGCGCGCUGGCCGCGCUCGAGGCGCUCGCCGCGUCGGAGGCCGGGCGCCGGGCGGUGGCGCGCGAGCCCGGCGCGGUGCGGGCGCUGGUGAGGCACGUGUUCUUGAUGUCGUCGAGCAACGAGGGAAGCGAGCACGCGGUGGCGGCGCUGCUGGCCGUGUGCAGGGAGUCCAGGGCGGCACGGAGCGAGGCUGCCGGCGCGGGGGUCGUCACGCAGGUGCUGCUGCUGCUGCAGAGCCAGUGCGGCACCAGGGCCAAGACCAGGGCGAGGUCGCUGCUCAAGCUCUUCAAGUCCAUGUGAAACAAGGGGUUUAGUUUAGGUGUUAAUGCUUAGAUGUUCUUGGCUUCAAGCUGUAAGUUUUUGCUUCAAGAACGUCCUCUAAUUGAUUUCAUGGCUACUUCUUGUAAGCUGCGUCAAGAAUGUCUGCUAACAAAGCUGGACACCAUAGCUAUGGUUAUUUCAUGGCCCCAAGUUACA